AUGGUAGAACAAGUUUCUGAUGAUGAACAUGUGGCUACUCUUGAGAUCCCUUAUACGCCUAUACAAAUCCUGGUGUCGCCGAAUCCGAGAGUCCCUAUGGUGAUUCCCCAUCUAGCCGCGCCCUUGGUAAUCAUUGUGCCUUCUCCGUUCCAUUUUGAAAGUACCAAGGUUGUUCCUUGGAAAUAUAACUCAGCAGUGUACAUUCAUGGGGAGAAGCAAGAAGAGCCCAAUAUAUCCAGUGAAUCAACAAUCAAUAUUGCAAGUAUCGGAGGUAUGACCCAGAGUGGUCGUAUCUUUGCUUCCGUUCCUUCUCCAGAGAAAGAUAAUAUCGAGGUAGUUGCGAAGAAUAAAGGAAAACAAGUUGUUAGUACUAGUCAGGGGCAGGUUCCUCCUCAGAAUAAGUCUGUGCCAGAAGAUGUUGAAGAGUUUCUCCGAAUUAUAAAGAGAAGCGAUUACAAGGUGGUGGACCAGCUUAAUCAAACACCCUCCAAAAUUUUCAUUCUAUCUUUAUUACUGUGUUCUGAAGCACAUAGAGAUGCUCUGAUAAAAUUCCUUAGUGCGACUCACGUACCUCAGGAGAUUAAUGUGAAUCAGUUUGAGGGGAUAGUAGCCAAUAUUACCGCCAGUAGCCAUCUUGGGUUUUGUGACAACGAUUUGCCUCCAGAAGGGAGAUCUCAUAACAAGGCUCUUCAUAUCUCCAUCGAGUGUGCUGACACGAUUAUGUCUAGAUUGUUGGUGGAUAUAGGGUCUUCUCUGAAUGUGCUUCCUAAGAAUUCUUUUACCAAGUUGACUAUAGAGGGCUUGUUGAUGAAGCUGAGUACGUUGGUGGUCAGAGCUUUUGAUAGUUCUCGAAGGACAGUGAUGGGAGAAGUGGACUUACCCAUCAAGGUGGGGCCUUACACUUUCUUCACUACUUUCUUUGUGAUGGAUAUAUUUCUGGCUUACAGCUGCCUGUUGGGUCAUCCGUGGAUACAUUCGGCUGGGGAAAUUACCUCUACCCUCCAUCAGAAGUUGAAGUUCAUCGUCAACGGCAAAAUGAUUACAAUAGAUGGAGAAGAAGACGUAUUGGUCAUUCAACUGUCAUCAUUCAGAUACAUAGAAGUGGGUGGGGAGAUUCAUGAAACCCUAUUUCAAGCUUUUGAGAUCACUAAUGUGUUGAUGGCUCCGCUCCAUGACAAAGGGUCCAAGAAGUUUGAACUACCCAUGUCCUCCUUAAAAGCUGUCAAGAUUGUGAUAGAAGAUGGACACCCCAAAGGUUAG